AAAAAAAAUUCCAAAACCACUUGUUCUUGGGGGAUAAAUAUGAAAAGUAGCUCCUUUUCUCUUUGAUUUUAUACUUAUAUGGAUUAUAACUUCCCCACAUACCCUCUAUAUUCUUUUCCCCCCACCCAACAAAGCCAUUCAAUUUCAAGCAGCUACCAAAGAUCUUCAAAGAAGAAGGAAAAGAUGAUUCAAGAAUUACUUGGAGGUGCAGGACUGACAGUGGGAGAGAGAAAGAUUCCCAUCAACGGAAGCAUUUUAGAAGGAACACCUACUACUACUACUGUUUCUCCUUCUCCAUCAACGUCUUCUUCUUCAGCGUCUGCAACUGCUAAUUCAACUACCUCGUUAAAUUCAGAGAACCAAAAUUUGAGGUGUCCGAGAUGCGAUUCUUCCAACACCAAGUUCUGUUACUACAACAACUACAACCUGACGCAGCCUCGACACUUCUGCAAAACUUGUCGCCGGUACUGGACAAAAGGUGGUGCUCUACGGAAUGUUCCUAUUGGAGGUGGAUGCCGGAAAAAUAAGAACAGUACCAGUGUUUCGAUGGGAAAAUCCACUGCUGCUAAUAAGAUGAAGACGGUGGCGUCUGAGAUUGGAGUAAGAUCCGGGUUUGUUAACGGGUCGGACCACGACCCGCUUCUCUGGGCUUCUCCACAGAACUCCCAUAUUCUCGCCUUACUCAGAGCCACCGCCCAAAACCCUAACCCUAAUCCGGUUAAGGAGGAGCUGGGUUUCAUGGGAUCCCACGGGAUGAACGAGCCAUUCAUAACUGGCGCGCCAAAUGCUCGAGCCCUGGGCUCGGCUCCUUUGGGCCAGCUUCCAUCUAUGGGUCUGUGCAGCUCUUUUUGGAAGAACAAUCAGCAGAAUGGAAUCAUGUUGGGUGAAGUUCAAAACACAGGGAUUCAAGAACUGUAUCAGAGGCUCAAAUCAUCAUCAACAAAUUACUACACCGAUAACUCGGCAGUAAUAUUUCCAGGCAAUGUAGCUUCGUCUUCGUCUUUCUCUUCAUCUAUUUUGGAAUCGGCUCCGGUGGCUGCAGGAGGUGAGUUGGGUUACUGGAAUCCGGUGUUUUCAUCAUGGUCUGAUCUUCCGACAAACAAUGGUGCAUAUCCUUGAACUUAACUUCAUACAUAUGCUAAUGUUUCGUUCCUUCCUGUAGUUGCCUGGGUUGUGGUAUAAAAAUAUGAAGUGUAGCUAGUUCAGCAUGAAUUUUGAUAUUUCUCCCCCAAAUUUUCCAUUUUAUGUGUGAUUUCUGGUGUGUUUUGAACUUAAUUGUGAGCUUGUACUAAGAGAACUACCUAGUAAAAGAAUGAAAAAUCUUAGGUGUUUCUUGAUUUUACAAUCCUGGAUGAAUUGAAAUCCAUUUUGAGGAUGUUCUUAAUUAAUUAACCAUGGUGAU